AUGGCCGUCGGUUCUAUCGCCUUCUCGGCUCCGGAGGGAAGCUACUUCCUCGUCAUGGAUCUCAAUGUCCAGCGCCCUGGGAACGGCGCCGGGCACAGUGGGGGCGGGGGCAGCGGUGAAGCGCACCACUCGAAAUCGUUCAACAGCUCUGUCUCCAACAUCUCCGUCUCCUCCUCCAGCUCCAACAUCACCCCCCUGGCCACCAGCUCACUCAACCAGCCUACCCUCAACGGAAACCAGACCACAUCCAGCGCCAGCACCGCCAACGCCCCUGCAGCCAUCGCCGGCACGGCCACCUCCGCAUCCCAGAUCCCCAUCGUCCAGGUCCCUGCCGUCCCCGGCAUCCCGGCCAAUGCCGAUGUCUCCCAGAACCUCGUAGCCCCACCCCUCUACCCGUGCUCGCUGGCAACAGUCAUCAUCAACUUCCCUCCCGUCCCCCCACCCAACCCCUUCCCCCACCCCGGCUUCCUCACCGCCGCUACCAAGUACGCUCGAUCGAAAGACACCAGCACCGAUCCGUUGGCUUAUGAGCCCCACCCCAGCGAGCAGACCGACUCGAACGCCUCCUCUGCCGACGAUCCCUCGAGCUCCUCGACUAGCACAUACCCUUCAUCAAACAAUCAAGCCGCCGGAUCACUCGAAAAAACCUCUUUACCCCCCAGUACCCGCUCUGUUGCCUCGCCCAUCAAGAACCGGGGGCUGACCUUCUCAUCCCUGUCAUCCCUCUCGAACGCGUCGAGGAAUGGCACGCAUUCUCUAGCCUCCUACUCGACCAGCUCUCAAUCCAACCUCAACCCACUCUCAUCGCGUCCCCGGGCCGCAUUCAAAGGCUCGACCUCGACGUUCAUCAAAUCCUCCGAAGGUCUCCCCUUGCCCCAAUCGGUCAUCAAGACCUUCUACGGCUCAUCUUCCGAGUCCUCCUCCUCAACAGGGCGGGACGAAGGCGAAGAGCGCACCUUUGGCUUCUACACCUGGAACAAGUCCGUCAUCUUCGCCCAGCUCGCACCGCCCCGGCCGGCAGGCGAGACCCUCUUCCGGCUCAGCUUUGCAGCCUUCCCCACCCACGUCAGCAUCAAUCACCACUCAGCCUCCGCCACCUCCCUCGACGUCGUCAUCGGCUUCUCCACCGGCGACCUCAUCUACUUCGACCCGUUCUGUGCUCGAUACACCAGGCUCAACAAGGGCGGAUGCAUCUCAGGCUCGGCCGUCAGCAAGAUCGAAUGGCUCCCACCCACCGUCACCCGCCGCGACGGCCACUUCGUCUCCUCGCACGUCGACGGAACCUUGAUCUGCUGGGAUAAAGAGCGCGAGGACUGGACCGGAUUUCUCGUCGAACGUUGGCCCAAAGCCCAGCUCCACUCCACCCCCCACCCAUCCUCUCUCAGCCAUAAGAAACUUAACCAUGCCCCUCGGGCCCAUGUCGAUCCCAGAGACCACGAUAUCCUCAUCAGCGGCCUCAACCACAACUUGCCCGUCGAGAAACGCAACCGAUUAAACCCGGUCUACCAUUGGAAAGUUAGUCGGAAAGCCGUCACAGAUUUUGCGUUCUCGCCUGAUUCUAAAUUCUGUGCCAUCGUUAGUGAAGAUGGGUGCUUGAGGAUCAUCGACACUUAUUCUGAAAAGCUAUUGGACACUUAUCUGAGCUAUUUUGGUGCUCUGCUGUGUGUUUGUUGGUCUUCGGAUGGGAGAUUUGUCUUUACGGGUGGACAAGAUGAUCUAGUGACCGCUUAUUCGCCCAUCGAACAGAGAGUGAUCGCACGCUGUCAAGGGCACGGUUCCUUUGUGACCGGAAUAUCCUUCGAUCCUUGGUUCAGUGACGAUCGCUCUUGUCGAUUCGCCUCAGUCUCUGAAGAUUGCAAAUUAAUUUUUUGGGAUUUAUCGGGGGCUUCGUUGGCCAAACCACGCCUGCAGCAAAUCAACAGCCAGAGCAAUUACGGAGCCAGUCGGCGCCAAUCAAUUGCCUCGAUCGGCUCCUCGCCGGCCCACCACCAUCUGAACCAGCACAACAACAACACGAGCAGCAGUUGUAGUACUGGCAAGAAUCAGAAGCGUGGCAAGCUCGGCUUGGUCGAUAGUUCGACCACCCUUGCUGCCCAUCAGACCUCCGGCUCCCCUCAUCAUCAUCUCAAUCAACAAACUAACACCUUCGGCGUCGAGUUAUAUAGCCGGGAUUUUCACCCCGCUCCUGGUAGGAAUGAAGUGGCUAUCUUACAACCCGUGAUGGUUAAAGAGAUCGGUAUAGAUCCCUUAAGUUCGAUCCAUUACCAUCGAGACCUGAUCGUUGUUGCCUCACGAACCGGCCAGGUCAAUGUCUUUGGCAGACCCACGCCUCCCCAUGCCCCUUCAUCACUCAACAACAACAGCGAUUCUACUCACUAG